UGCUGCCAAAGUUUGCUUCAGAUCGGCUACUGGGGUAGGUGCUCCCAAGUUAAGAUUCCAAGGCUUUGUGCACUCCAGCCACACGCCCCACGCGAGCGCCACGAGAGCCACACACAGUCUGUCAACAGCUCACUCCGUCGCACUCUCUUUCUCUCUGCGUGUCACUGCGCGUGUGUCUCUUUUCCGCUCAGCGAUCCUCUCACCUUGUUUUGGCUGCCAGGGAUGGACGGCGCGAUUGCAGCGGCGCACAUCAUGCAAGGUGCAUUCGCUUUCGGACUUGAAAACCGAAGUAACCUGGUGUCGGGGCAGGCUUCGGUGCAGGAGUGCGACGCCCCCUCCUCCGGCAACUCCAACAAAAGUAAAGUGCUGAAGAGACAGCGCUCCAGCUCGCCAGAGUUGCUUCGGUGUAAGAGGAGGCUGACGUUUAACGGACUCGGAUAUACUAUCCCGCAGCAGCAGCCGGCGGCGGUGGCCCGGCGCAACGAGAGGGAGAGGAAUCGCGUCAAGCUUGUCAACAUGGGCUUCCAGACUCUGCGCCAGCAUGUCCCCAAUGGGGCUGCCAACAAGAAAAUGAGCAAAGUGGAGACGCUGCGCUCGGCUGUGGAAUAUAUUAGGGCGCUGCAGCAGCUCCUGGACGAGCACGAUGCCGUGUCGGCGGCUUUCCAGUGCGGGGUGCCUUCACCCACUCUGUCUACGAGCUGUUCGGCGGACCCCGGUUCUCCGCACUCGACCUACUCGUCGGACGAGGGCAGCUACGAGCACCUGAGUUCGGAAGAGCAGGAACUUCUAGAUUUCACGACUUGGUUCGACAGAUACUGAAAUAUUAAUAAAAAAAGGAACAUGAAAAGAUGUUGAAUGUUGUGAUUGGAAACGAAAUCAACCUGAGUACCUCUUGAGUCACUGUUGCCAUGUUACAGGAGUUUAAAAAAAGAGGCUUGAACUGCCAGUUGAAGUCAUUUCACUGCCAACCUCCUGAACAGGACUGAGACAGAUUGCCAAGAACCUAUCGAAGAUGCUUCCAGGAACACAAAGAAAGCCCGUGGACUUAAAAAGUCAACGAAUACGCCAUUAACAAGAUGAUUAGUAAUAAGAACAACAAUGAAACACAUACACACAACUAAGUGCAAUUAUUAUAUGCUAUUACGGGAGUCGUGGAGAUGCGACAUAAAUGUGCUCGGUGCCCAUCACUGAGCACGGGGCAGGCAUGGCGUAGAGGCGAGCCCGUGGAGCGAGCUGCACGCGGCCGUGAGGGGGUUAAGCUCGCUGGGCAAGCCGUUUUUUUUUGUUUUUUUUUCGGUCGGGCCCCCGGGCCUUUGUUGGCGAUAACGCUGCAACCUGAUGCUUCCUAUAUGAAAAGACGCGGCGGCCCAUUUGGAUUCAUGUACGAGUUUCAAUGUGUUCCCAUGGCGUCCGCAUAACUGAAGACUUAUUUUUGUACAUAAAGGGAAAUAAAUAGUUAUUUACAACUAUUAACACUGCCACUUUCACUAUUUUAGAGAACGAUAAUAUGAACCGGUAGAUUGUUCUAUUGUAUUGUUCCUAAUGUAUGGACAUCUCUGUAUUGUACGUGGUGUGUUCUGGUUUACUGGUUAAUGCUGUUAACACUCCUUACGUGUGAUUGAAGGGAUUUUUUUUAAUUAUAAUGUAUGGAAGGCAUUUUAUGUAUGCACUUGUUUUCCCUGUUGUUUCUACUAAAAUGUACAUAUGCAAUUUUUUUAAAAAAGAGAUAUCAUAUUUUAUGUAAAAAUAGCCUUUAUAAAUAAAGAUUUUCUAUUUAUA